AUUUCGAAAUAAUAUCGGAAAAUGUAGUAGUUUUCAUGACAUGCUUCGUCCUUUUUUUACGUCUGGUUUUAUAAAUUGUAGAGCGAGAUAAACAGUAUUUGUUGGCGCCUGCGCAAGCGCAGACGUCAUUCAUUUUCCCGCGACGGAGUCACCUCAUGGCUGAUUCAUUUUAUUUUACUUUUUAUGCCAUUUGUCACUGAGUCGUUUAUUAUUCAAGUGCUCUAGUAAUUAACUGAAACAAUUAAAAUAGAGAGUUAAAUGACAACAAAAUAGCAGCUGAAGGUGUGAGAUGGGGCUUUGUUUGUCGUUCGACUGCGGCGAUUGUGAUGUCUGCUGUAACCCGUGCUGCCUGGCGCUGAGCGCGUGCUGCCUCGUGCCGUGUCUGUGUCCCAACGCGUGCGGCCAGCAGCAGCCGCCGCCGCACCAGACCGUGGUCGUCCAGCAUCCCCCGCAGGCGGGUGGACCUGGCUUCUACCCCCCUCCGCCUGGACCCCCACCUGGAGCGUACCCCCACCCGCCUGGAGGCUACCCCCCACCCGGGGGCUACCCACAUCCCCAGCCCUACCACGACCCGUACGCGCCCCAGCCCAUGAUGGGCUGUAACAUAUCGUGUCGUCCGUGCUGCUGCUGCUGCGUGCCGUGUCUAUGCUGCGAGUGCUGCUCCGACCCCCCGCGCCCCCACGUGGUCCACCACCACCACGUUGACGUCAUUAACAUGCCCCCCCGACCGCCGCCAGGGGGAUACGGACCUCCUCCCCCUUAUAGAUAGAUAUAGGCACCAUACGGCAUCCAUUCCAAAAAAUAACGUGUUUAAAAAGCAAGGACUGGAAGUGUGGUUUUGUAUCUUGCGACAGCAACGUAAGGAAAAUUUUACAAUAUCUGCUGCUGUCUG